GAGAGAGAGAAGAGGGAAAGAAAGAGAAGAAAGAAAGAGAAAAGAGACGCGAGAGAGAAGAAAGAAAGAGAAGAGAGAAAGAGAAGAGAGAAGCGAGAGAAGAGAAGAGAGAAGCGAGAGAAG